AAGGUACCGGAAGUCACUCGAGGCGAGUUUUACAGAGUGUGUGAUCAGACUAUCAUCAUACACACUCUCUCUCUGAGUGUUAUUCCUGAGUGUGUGUGUGAGAGAGAGAGAGAUCAGUGAGAAUGCCGGGAGCGGAUAAAGAGACGGAUCUGUCGGAGCGCAUUGAGGCGUUUCUGGCGGAGUUGAAGCGCAGCGGCAGCGGCUCUGGGUCAGUGCGCGGCUCGGCGGAGACAGCGCGAGACACCGCGGCUCUACUGCGCAGGAUCACGGCUCAGGCCCGCUGGAGCAGCGCCGGUGACCUGAUGGAAAUCAUACGUAAGGAAGGCAGGAGAAUGACUGCAGCUCAGCCUUCAGAGACCACGGUCGGGAACAUGAUCCGGAGAGUGCUGAAAAUCAUCCGAGAGGAAUACGCCAGGUCUCGUGGCAGCAGCGAGGAAGCCGAUCAGCAGGAGUCCCUGCACAAGCUGCUGACAUCCGGCGGCUCGAGUGAAGAUAACUUCAGAACUCACUUCAGCUCCCUUAAGGCAAACGUCAUAGAGGCCAUCAAUGAGCUGCUGACCGAGCUUGAGGGCACUACAGACAACAUAGCAAUGCAGGCUCUGGAGCACAUUCACUCCAACGAGGUGAUCAUGACGAUCGGACGCUCUCGCACCGUCGAGGCUUUUCUGAAAGACGCAGCUCGCAAACGCAAGUUCCACGUCAUUGUAGCCGAGUGUGCACCUUUCUGUCAGGGUCAUGAGAUGGCCACCAGUCUGUCAAGAGACGGCAUCGAGACCACCGUCAUUCCAGACGCUGCCAUUUUCGCCGUCAUGUCCCGAGUCAACAAGGUGAUCAUCGGGACACAGACGGUCCUGGCUAACGGAGGACUGCGAGCAGUAAACGGCACACACACGCUGGCGCUAGCCGCUAAACACCACUCCACUCCGCUCAUCGUCUGUGCAGCCAUGUUCAAACUCUCACCUCAGUUUCCGAAUGAAGAGGACACGUUUCACAAGUUCGUCUCUCCACACGAGGUUCUGCCCUUCACUGAAGGUGAGAUCCUGUCGAAGGUGAACGCUCACUGCCCCGUGUUUGAUUACGUUCCUCCAGAACUCAUCACGCUGUUCAUCUCCAACAUCGGUGGAAACGCCCCGUCCUACAUCUACCGCCUGAUGAGUGAGCUGUACCACCCCGAAGACCACGAACUCUAAAUAAACUACAUGUACAACAACUACAA